UCGCAGAGCUCAGUAUUGCUGAGUAUUUCAAUUCAAUAAAAAAAUCUCUUCUAUAGAGUACUAGAGUAGUUAGUCAGAUGCAGUUGUGUGCAGUUGUGUGUGUGUGUCUACGUGAACGCACGUGUCAACAUCGGUACAGUGUAAUUUAGAAAUAUUGAAAUAAAACUGCAAUUAUUACGUUUCGCGCAUUAUGAUGAAGGAUGACGAAAUGCCACAUAAAGUGGAAGAGCAAAAUUCCCAGAUGGCAUGUAAAGACAAUGUAUCCAAUAUAGGACCAAUAAUGCAACCUCAGAAUAGUUCAGCGUUUCUUAUAGUUUUAACAUUUGCCUGCCAAGCUUUAAUAGGAUGUGCAAAACAACUUGAUAUAAUGGAUGGAGAAUGUGGUGAUGGAAAUUAUGGAACCUUACUUGCGCAAAGUACCAGUGCCAUAAAAUUGGCAAUCAAGGAAGGGAGAAUUUUAGCAACGAGACCUUUUGUAACAUUUAUACAAAUAAGCCAUAUUAUUGAAAAAGAAAUGGGUAGCUUAGGAGGUGGAAUAUACUCGUUAUUUUUUGAUACGGCUGCUAAAAGUUUUCUUAAGUUUCGGAAUGAUGAUCAAGUUACUGUUAAUAUGUGGUUAACCGCUCUAACAUCUGCAAACAAGAUGAUAUCUGAGGUUAGCGGGACAUCGAUUGGUGAUCGAACCAUGUUGGAUGCUUUGAUACCUGCGGAAAAUAAAUUAAGAGACGCAUUAAGUUCAGGUUUAAAUCCUAUCAGUGCAUUCGGGGAAGCUGUCAAAGCUGCCGAAACUUUCGCUAUGCAAACUGUACAUAUGUCAGGAUCUCUCUCUAUUGAUUUUACAAAUAAUUGCAAGACAUUCAAAUAUCCACAUCCUGGAGCACAUGCCGUAGGCAUAUGGAUGAGAGCUGCUUAUGAAGGUGAUGGACAAGAUGAAUGCGAGGGCUGUCAAAGUAUUGGGAAUGUUAAAUAUUUAAGUAACGAGCAUGAAACAAGAACAUCUUUUUUGUCUGCUCAGCAAUCAUUAAUGCAAGAUAUAGGAAACCUGCUAAAGCAUGCUUGCAUCAGGAGUCUAAGUUGUGAAGUGCAUCCUGGUAAAGAAGGUGUUUGCUACUUUGGAGAUGAGUACAGGGGGCAUGUUUUAAGUCAUACUUUUACAUUGAAAGAUGCCCAGGCAAGAGGAUUUAGAAGAUGGUGCAGUUUUAUUGUUUUUAUGAGAGAUAAACAAUUCUUGUUGAACAUGUGGCCAUUUUUGAUUGACAAUUUAAAAGAGGUAAUUAGAGAACUACAAGAUUUUGCAGAGAGAAGAUAUAAUGUAGAAGAAGCAGAAUGUCCGCAAAGAGCAAUGAGAUUGACGACAGCAAAUGGUGGAAUGGGCUGUCAUAGUACUUCUAUUAAACAAUCUAGAACACUUACCGAUAUAACAAAUGAAAAGCAUGUUUUUGUAAGAAUUCACAUGUGGUUAGUAUGGAUCCUCAGUGCUGGUGCGAGACAUUUUAUAGAAAUUUUCCCAAUAAGUUUAUUAGAUGAUGAACUUAAUUAUAAUUUUGAACAUCAAAUUGAAACUGAAGAAGGGUUUACUUUAUUGAACGCAAAAUUGCCAGUAAAUUUUAAUUUUAACUGGGAUGAUUCUGAACUUUUGCCGGAAUUUUCUGAAAUUGCGGAAAGGUCUACUGCUGUAAUUUUACGAAAAAUAAAACAAAUACUAGGGAAAGAUCACUUUAGACAAUUGCUGUAUUCCUGUUUAACUGGUGUUCAAGUCUUGGUGAGAGGUCCAAAGAUUCAGAGAUUGGAAUCUUUGUAUGGACUUAGCAGUCUUGUUCCAAGAGCGUGUCGACGGGUAAAAACACAAACAUUGGAAUACAUGGAUCCUGACACAUGUAACUUUAUCGGUGUAGAUACUUCAGUAGCAGUUCCCUUACCUUGUGCAACUGUAUGCAGAUUAGAUAUAAUACUUAAUGAACACAAAGUUGAGAAUGCAAAAUCUCAUAUAGUUAAGUGGACUGGUUCUUUACCAACAAAACUUCCGACCCUGCUAACAAAAAUUGAAAAAUCACUCGAUAAUGAAAAACUUGGAAACUCGGUUCUUAAAGCACACUUUGCGACUCUUCAGGAAGAAUGGGCCAAUAUUGCAAAAGUUGUUCAUGCAAUGCGUGGACGAGGCCAUCGUGGCGAUCUCUCUGGACUUAUGCUCAGUUUGGGUGCUGGACCUCAGGAUAAAAAGUUGCUGGACGCAUGGUCUAUGGGAUUACCAUCUAAUCCAGCAUAGUUUAUAAAAAUUAAUUUGUUUUUAUUGUACAUGUAUAUCGUUGAACGUAAUAUUUAUUAC